AUGUUCUCCAAAGUCCUGGUAGCUAAUCGAGGCGAAAUCGCGGUGCGGAUCAACCAAACCCUCCGCGCGCUGGGGAUCGCCCCCGUCGCGGUCUAUUCCGACCCGGAUGCCGGCGCACCUCAUGUGAAUACCGCGGAGCAGUCCGUGCCCCUGUCGGGCAACACCGCCGAAGAGACCUACCUGAACAUCCCCAAAAUAGUGCAGGCCGCCCGUGCCUGUGGGGCGAAUGCGAUACACCCAGGCUACGGCUUUCUUUCGGAGAAUCCGGACUUCGCCCGGGCCUGCCAGGAAGCGCAGCUAACCUUUAUCGGGCCCACUCCGGAAAGCAUGGAGGCCCUGGGAGACAAACUGCAUUCCAAGGAAAUUGCUCUUGGCGCCGGGGUUCCGGUAGUCCCCAGUUCUCCCGUGUGCCUCCCGGGCGAUUCUGAAUCCGGGGAGUUUGUGGAACUCUGGGGGUUUCCCUUGCUGGUCAAGGCUGCCGCCGGCGGUGGUGGUCGUGGCAUGCGCCUGGUGUACCGGCGUCAAGAGUUGGACGUGGCUAUGGAGUCGGCCAGCCGGGAGGCGCAGGCUGCCUUUGGCGAUGGGCGGGUUUUCCUGGAGCGUUACAUUGCCAAUCCCCGCCACGUGGAAAUACAGGUGCUGGCCGAUAAGUUAGGCCAUACCAUCCACCUAGGUGAGCGGGAAUGCAGCAUCCAGCGCCGCCACCAGAAGCUUAUUGAAGAGACUCCCUCUCCCGCUCUUACGCCGGAGUUGCGCGACCGCACGGGCGCCGCCGCCAUCGCCGUGGCUCGCGGGGCGGGAUACGUCAACGCCGGGACCGUGGAGUUCCUGCUGGACCCGCAGAACGGCGAGUUUUACUUCCUGGAAAUGAACGCCCGCCUCCAGGUGGAGCACCCCAUUACCGAAGCCGUCCUUUGGAUUGGACAUGGUGGAGUGGCAGAGUGCCGAAUCUAUGCCGAAGACCCUUACAACGACUUUGUGCCCUCCGCCGGCAGGUUGCUGCGCUGGCAGCCUCCCAGCGGCCCCGGGCUGCGGCUGGACAGCGGCGUGGUCCAGGGUCAGGAGGUGUCCAUCUACUACGACCCCAUGCUGGCAAAGCUGAUAGCGUGGGCGCCGAACCGGGACCUCAGCCUGCGCCGGAUGGAAGUGGCCCUGUCCCAGUUCCUGGCCCUGGGCGUGGUGACCAACAUUCCCUUGCUCCGGGCUGUAGUAAAGAACCCCCAGUUCCAGAGGGGCGAAUACGAUACCGGCUUCCUGGAGUGGAACCCGGCGGUUACCAGCCCGGCCAUUUCCGACGAAACCCGCACGAUGGUACGGGCGGUGGCGGCGUGGGCAUCGCGUCAGCCGUCCGGUCCGGCGUCGCCGACAGUCGGGACAGACGGCCAAGCCAACGUCAACCCCUGGCAGUCCGCCGGGGAGCGGAGGCUGCCAUGA